CUAAUCGCACGCCUAUGAUUUCUGACAGAUUUGUUUUAAUUGUCAUUACUGUCAUUGUCAUACCAUUAUUUGAGGUUAGGUUUCAUAUUUAUUUACAUUUUAAUAUAAAAACGUAUUCAUAACAUCGCUCAUAUAAAUUAUACAAGUGGAUGUUUUAGUGUUCUGAAAAUGGCUGCAGCACCACCGCAAGCAUUAGUUAACCGAAAUAAAAAGCAUUUCCUAGGAGUACCAGCCCCUCUAGGAUAUGUAGCUGGUGUAGGUAGAGGAGCUACAGGGUUUACCACUCGUUCUGAUAUCGGUCCCGCAAGAGACGCGAAUGAUGUGUCUGAUGAUAGACACGCACCACCAGCGGCUAAGAGAACCAAGAAAAAGGACGAGGAAGAAGAAAAGGAAGAGGAGGAGGAUUUGAAUGAUUCCAAUUAUGAUGACUUCAAUGGAUAUGGUGGUUCCUUAUUUUCCAAAGAUCCUUAUGAUAAGGACGACGCUGAGGCUGACGCUAUUUACGAAGCGAUAGAUAAGAGAAUGGAUGAGAAACGUAAAGAGUAUAGGGAAAAACGUUUACGUGAAGAGUUAGAAAAAUAUCGUCAAGAAAGACCAAAAAUCCAACAGCAGUUUUCCGAUUUAAAGCGAGAUUUGGCGCAAGUUAGUGAAGAUGAAUGGAAAUCAGUACCUGAGGUUGGUGAUGCAAGAAAUAAGAAGCAAAGAAAUCCUAGAGCAGAGAAAUUUACCCCUUUGCCAGACAGUGUUUUAUCCAGAAACCUAGGAGGGGAAGCAACCACUUCUAUAGACCCGAAUUCAGGUUUAUCCAGUAUGGUACCAGGUGCAAACACACCUGGUAUGCUAACUCCGACAGGUGAUAUGGAUUUAAGGAAGAUUGGACAAGCUAGAAAUACUCUGAUGAAUGUUAAACUGUCUCAAGUGUCAGAUUCUGUGACGGGUCAAACUGUAGUUGAUCCUAAAGGGUAUCUUACAGAUUUGCAAUCUAUGAUUCCUACUUAUGGAGGAGACAUCAAUGAUAUUAAGAAGGCUAGAUUGCUUUUAAAAUCUGUGAGAGAAACCAACCCUAAUCAUCCCCCUGCUUGGAUUGCCAGCGCUAGGCUAGAAGAGGUAACUGGUAAGGUCCAAGCAGCCAGGAACCUGAUAAUGAAAGGAUGCGAAGUGAAUCCUCAGAGCGAAGAUUUAUGGUUGGAAGCCGCCAGAUUGAAUCCAGCAGAUACAGCCAAAGCUAUAAUAGCUCAAGCAGCCAGGCAUAUACCAACUUCAGUUCGAAUAUGGAUCAAAGCCGCGGAUUUAGAAGACGAAACCAAAGCUCAAAGGAGAGUCUUCCGAAAAGCAUUGGAACACAUUCCCAACUCUGUACGACUCUGGAAAGCCGCUGUGGAGCUGGAGAAUCCAGAAGAUGCUAGGAUAUUGCUUUCGAGAGCAGUCGAAUGCUGUCCAACCGCCUUGGAGCUGUGGUUAGCUUUGGCGAGGUUGGAAACAUACGAAAACGCAAGAAAAGUAUUGAAUAAAGCUAGAGAAAAUAUUCCUACGGACAAACAAAUUUGGACAACGGCUGCUAAAUUGGAAGAAGCAAAUGGUAAUCACCACAUGGUGGAAAAAAUCAUAGAAAGAGCCAUUACUUCGCUGAGUUCGAACGGGGUUGAGAUAAACAGAGAACAAUGGUUCAAAGAAGCCGUAGAAAGCGAGAAAGGAGGUCACAUUCACUGUUGUCGGGCGAUAGUUAAGGCUAUCAUCGGUUACGGAGUGGAACCCGAAGAUCAGAAACACACCUGGAUGGAGGACGCAGACGCUUGCAUCAAUCAAGGAGCUUUCGAGUGCGCCAGAGCGGUGUACCACAUAGCCUUGGCUGCAUUCCCAGGAAAGAAAUCGAUAUGGUUGCGGGCGGCUUAUUUGGAAAAGAGUCACGGAACCAGGGAGAGUUUGGAGAACUUGUUACAGAGAGCGGUUGCGCAUUGUCCUAAGAGUGAAGUUCUAUGGUUGAUGGGAGCCAAGAGCAAAUGGUUAGCAGGUGACGUUCCAGCUGCCAGAGGCAUUCUAUCUUUAGCUUUCCAAGCCAAUCCGAAUAGCGAGGAAAUCUGGCUUGCUGCCGUCAAAUUAGAAUCUGAAAACAGGGAAUACGAAAGAGCUAGAAGACUUUUAGCGAAAGCCAGGGGCUCGGCACCCACUCCCAGGGUUAUGAUGAAGAGUGCAAAACUAGAAUGGUCCUUAAACGAUUUAGACGGCGCGCUACAACUUUUAGAUGAAGCUCUGAAAGUGUUUCCAGAUUAUGCGAAAUUGUGGAUGAUGGUGGGACAGAUUCAGGAGCAGAAAAGAGAAUUUUCAAAAGCUUUUGAUGCUUACAAUGCUGGUAUCAAGAAAUGCACUGGAUCCAUUAAUUUGUGGCUAUUAUUGUCAAGAUUAGAGGAAAAACGUGGGUUGCUCAUUAAAGCUAGAUCUGUUUUAGAAAAGGCUAGGUUAAAGAAUCCCAAAAACGAUCAGUUGUGGUUAGAAGCUAUUAAAAUUGAGAUACGUGCAGGUUUUAAAGAUAUCGCCAAUGCCAUGAUGGCUAAGGCCAUACAAGAGUGUCCUACAUCGGGAAUUUUAUGGGCAGAAAGCAUUUUUAUGGAACCGAGGCCGCAAAGGAAGACAAAAUCGGUUGACGCUUUGAAAAAGUGCGAGCACGAUCCGCACGUGCUGCUCGCGGUCAGCAAACUGUUCUGGUCCGAACGAAAAAUAUCCAAGUGUCGGGAAUGGUUCCAAAGAACUUUGAAAAUCGAGCCGGAUCUGGGUGAUUCUUGGGCUUAUUGGUACAGAUUCGAACAACUCCACGGGACGAAGGAGCAACAAGAGGAGGCCAAACAGAGGUGUUUGUUAGCGGAACCCCAUCACGGUGAAUUGUGGUGUGCCGUUUCGAAAGACAUAAAAAACGUCGGAUUGAGUACUGAACAGAUUUUGAAAAUUGUCGCUAAAGAAAUACCAAUUCCUGUUUAGUUUAUAGCGUUAAUAUAUUUAGUAACAUAAGUUGACCCAAGCAAAGGUAUGGAAUCUGCAUUGCUAUUUGUUUUUUGACAAAUAAAAUGGUAUUUGACGUGUUUGUGAUGUUUGAAAUAUGUCAAACGUGUUGGUAAUGCAGGGUCCCAUACUUUUAAUUUUUUGUAGUAAAACGAAAUGAAAUCUGUAG